AUGCAGCACAGACUUGAAAGAAACUCCAGACUCCAAGAUGCUAGUCGUCCUGUUCACAGCGGCCUUGCUGGCCCUGAACUCUGUUCAGCGUGUCAGUGAAGCAUUCCCCCAAGGUCUCUCUCCCAACCAAGGUUUCAGUCUUAAGCAAGGCCCACCCCAGCAAGGGCCACCCCAACAAGGAGGCCAACAGCAGAACCAAGGCCCUCAGCCAGGACACCAGCAAGGCCCACCCCAACAGGGAGGUCAACAGCAGAAACAAGGCCCUCAGCCAGGAAGACCCCAACAAGGAGGCCAACAGCAGAACCAAGGCCCUCAGCCAGGACACCAGCAAGGCCCACCCCAACAGGGAGGUCAACAGCAGAAACAAGGCCCUCAGCCAGGAAGACCCCAACAAGGAGGCCAACAGCAGAACCAAGGCCCUCAGCAAGGAAAGAAGCAGGGCCCACCCCAACAAGGAGGCCAACAGCAGAACCAACGCCCUCAGCAAGGAAACCAGCAAGGCCCACAACAACAAGGAGGCCAACAGCAGAACCAACGCCCUCAGCCAGGAAACCAGCAAGGCCCACCCCAACAGGGAGGUCAACAGCAGAAACAAGGCCCUCAGCCAGGAAGACCCCAACAAGGAGGCCAACAGCAGAACCAAGGCCCUCAGCAAGGAAAGAAGCAGGGCCCACCCCAACAAGGAGGCCAACAGCAGAACCAACGCCCUCAGCAAGGAAACCAGCAAGGCCCACAACAACAAGGAGGCCAACAGCAGAACCAACGCCCUCAGCAAGGAAACCAGCAAGGCCCACCCCAACAAGGAGGCCAACAGCAGAACCAACGCCCUCAGCGAGGAAACCAGCAGGGCCCACCCCAACAAGGAGGCCAACAGCAGAACCAACACCCUCAGCAAGGAAACCAGCAAGGCCCACCCCAACAAGGAGGCCAACAGCAGAACCAACGCCCUCAGCAAGGAAACCAGCAAGGCCCACCCCAACAAGGAGGCCAACAGCAGCACCAAGGCCCUCAGCAAGGAAAUCAGCAAGGUUCACCCCAACAAGGAGGCAGACCACAAGGACCUCCCCAGGAACAGCGUCCUCAGUAAGCAAAGGUACAUUGUCAGAAAAUUAGUAAGAAGAUAAUGACUUUGCUGCAUUGUUCAACGGGAAUAAUGUGAUCACAUUUUAUCUUCUUAGAACCAAUAAAAUCUCAAUUAUGCAA